UGACUGUGGUGCCCGGACAAUCGAGAUGGCUCGGUCAUCGUCUUCCUUUCCUACCACCAUCACCUCCCCCAUUAGAACGUUUAGAGCAAGAAUUCCAUUCCGGAAUCGAUUUUCAACCAUAACAGCAAUUUCAACGAACAGGGACUCGGCAAAGACCUUUAUUGUCCAUUCUGAACAAUAGCUAACCAUUCCAUUUGGGCCUUGUCUUCUUUCUUCCCUCAUGUUCUUUCCUACAAUCGCCAGGUUGCGAGCUCUCACUGUUCUAUUCACGACUUCUUUCCUUUUCUCUUCCUCUGCAGCUCAGCAAGAUAGACUUUUCACUUCUUCCGUCACAUAUUGUCAACCACCUGAAUCUCUGCUCAUUCAACAAUUCGACGUCACUUACUUCGCCAGAAAUAAAUCCGUUUCUUUCAAUAUCGCUGCCUCCAGCGUCCUUCCCGAUGUCGCAGUUUCCGCGAAUCUUUUGUUCAAUGUCUAUGGCAUGAAGCCCGUCAACUUGACCCUUGAUCUUUGCAAGGUUUUAAGUGGUGCACUUUGCAAAUUACCCAUUCACGAAUUUGUCGGCCAAGACUCUCUCACCAUCCCCGACUCAUUUAGCAGCAAAAUCCCCGACAUCGCUUAUAAAAUACCAGAUUUAGAGGCCUAUGCCCAAUUCAUGCUUACAGAGACCGAUAGCGGCAGAAUUAGAGCAUGUGUGCAAGCCACUCUCUCCAAUGGUUGGUCUACACAUCAGCCUGCGGUUGAGUGGUCUACUGGAGGCGUGGCCAUUGCCACCUUAAUAGGUGCUAUUUGGCAAUCGCAAUCUCCAUACACACCUCUCCCGGUCAGAUUGAUUGACUUAUUGUCCCUUUACCAGACCAUCACUGUCACGGCCUUCCUGAACCUCAACUAUCCAUCCCUCUAUCGCUCGUUUACACUCAAUUUCGGUUGGGCCAUGUCCUUGUUCACAUCUUCACCCCCCACCGUUCAGGACGCUAUCGAUAAUAUGCGAGCGCGUACAGGUGGAAAGCUUGCCAACUCCACUCAAACAUCACCUGUAGGAUUGGUCAACCGGAAAUUGUCACCUUUUAAUGAAAACAUUGCACUUACUCCAGAACCCUCGAUUUUUAUCCAAGUCCCUAAUACGUUCCUUUCCGCUUUUUCGAUAAAGAAAAGCACGCACUCAUAUCUUCUCUCCGACGUGCGACUCCAGCAACUGGCGACUACUGGAGACGCCCCUUCCGGGACAGUCCAAGUGGUCACGCAAGACUCGUCGAACGUCCUCCAAGCAGGUGUCCCAUUAUAUGUCAACUCCCUUCAUAUCGCUACUGCGAAUGCAUUCAUGACGGUCUUCAUUUGCUCAUUGAUCCUAAUCCUCAUUGCAACGUUACUGUUUGUGGUGGGAUAUGGAGUUAUGUAUACGAUAGAGCGGUUCAACCUUGGUCACCGUGACAGCAAGCUCGAACUUGAUUCUGUGUAUCCAUCGUUCGUCAGAGCAUGGUCCCUUCGCUUGGCACUGAUGAUGUUUACACCGCUUAUGGUUUUCUCCAUGUAUCAAUGGACCUUGAGAGAUUCGUGGUUGUCGGUUCUUUUGUCGGUCAUUACAUUUCUAGCAAUCACCGUCGGCCUGUUCUACACAUAUCUCGCCAUCUUUCGUCGUCGUCGGUCAACGGACAUAGAAGGCCUACACAACACUUCCACUUUCCUUCUCUCGCAUGGACCCGUUCUUGCGCCGUACCGUAUUCAGCGAUAUUACUUCUCCCUCUUUUACGUGGCGUCCGCGUUCCUGAAAGCUCUCUUUAUAGCGGCCGUGAGAUCUCAAGGUCUAGCCCAAGUUGUUCUUCUUUUGUUGGUCGAAAUCGGGACCCUCCUCGGUUUUCUUGUGUUACGUCCACACAAGACUAGAGGAGGAGACAUCUUAACCACCUUUUUGGCCGUCGUUCGCGUCAUUUGUACUGGCCUUCUAUUUGCUUUUGUUGAAAGCUUUGGUGUGCAAGCAAUCCCACGUGUCGCUAUCGGGGUUGUCAUCGUUGCAAUAUUCUCGAUCUCGGUCAUCGUGAUGGUCUUCAAUAUCCUCCUCAAUCUCGGUCUCCAGAAGCUAUGGAGGAGAGGAAAGAAGGAAGAACAUUCCCCGUCUAGUACAAGGCAGGACUCGGCCGACAACAUCCUUGAAAAGGGUGCUUGUACGCCUACUCCCUCUGAUGCCGCCAACUCCCUUAUGAGUCGGGCACGAAAUCCAACACCAGAUCGAAAUAUCCCACUCGAUCCGUCUGUCAUCCAGCCCUACCCAACAACACCGUCGACUGCGACCAGUCCUACAGAUUGCGCGAGUAAUCCUCGUGACUCCGCCUCGACCAACCUUGGGACCAUUUUACCUAGGCGAUGGUCAAUAACACCGUUACACUCCCCCACAUCCUCUUCCGAUGACCAUCCUCCUUGCACAACAACCCACCAGGCUGUCAAUGCUCUUAGCAGAACCUCUGAAGAAUCUUCAUACCCUCCAUCUUCGCGGUUGAGAUGAGCAAUUGUUACGACAUGAAACUGACUAUCCUAGAGUUACGACCGUAUUUAGUCUCUUGCUUAGCUAGCAUAAUUUUCGUACUUGAGUGUUGCCUGCAUUUUGACGACCGAAUUAUUUCCUUUUUAAAAGCACAUCUUUUCGUUUCUUGAACUAUAUUUUAUCCCACUUCAGUAGAAGAUUUGUAUCACCUCAGUCACUUGUAUUUUUGUUCACUGUUUGAGUUAUUUAGACCACCGUGGUCGGUAGUUCAAACGUUCAACUUCCCAUGCUUGCGAAAGAGCGGAAGAGCGAUGAUAUUGGCUAUCUACGUCACGUAUGUAACUCAGGUAUGUACAUAUAAGUAAAUACCUCGAUAGCUCUUUGUAAUAGGGCACAAGACGCAACGAAGAAAAAUGAGAAAUGAAAAGUAGUAAGAAAGAAAGAAAAGAGAAGAUAGCGGUAAGACAUUUUAGGUUUGUUAUAUGAGUGGAGGAUCA